AUGGAUUUACAAGAAGAUGUGGAUAUAAUUCUUCAUCGCAAUGAGCUAUAUAGCCUAGAACAACAGCCAUAUGAGCACAUGCAAAAUUACAUCACCAAGUUUCAGUGCAAAGUGGUGGAAAUUCGAUUGCUAGAUCCAGAAGUUGUUAUGACAGAUCAAGAGUUUAAUGCAAUUCUGUUUAAAGGGCUUGCAAUUCGUGCUAUGAACACACAUAAGCAGGGUGCUCCUCUAUCUUUAAUCGACUUGGAAAUAAGCACUCCAGAUAGAGGAGCACCCUGCUUAUGUGUGCUGAUUACCACAAAUCACCAUGGCAAUUCUGUCCCACUCAGCAACAUUGCCUUCACGUAUAACGGUUUUCUCAUGUUUGAUGAGCUGCUGUGUAAUUUUAGGGCUUUCUUAGUUUUCUUUCCCGCUGGGAGUGUUCUCAUUCUCUAUAGAGCACUAGGCCGUGAGGCUUUGCUUCUCUCAUCAGCCUGCUGCAAGCGUCGGAUCCCUUGUGAGAGCUUCCCCGGUGGUCGGAUUCAGGGCCAACGCCAUUGUCUUGACAAGCAUCCCCAGCAAGCGAGGUUGCUCCCUCACGGCAAAGCUUGCUUCAGUCCAGAAGAUCAUCGCCACCCAGCUCUCAAUCGAUCAGUCCAGCGUCACUCCGGCCGCCAAGUUCACCGAUCUUGGAGCCGACUCGCUCGAGGAUACUUUGAUUCGUCUCCAAAGGUUGAGGUGAUGAUGCAACUCGAGGAGAACUGCAAGAUCAGCCUGGGCGAGGAGCGAACCGAGAAGAUUGUCACCGUGCAAGACGCUGCCGAUUUGAUCCAGGAUGUAAUCGGCAAGUAGUGAAAGCGUUUUUUUUGGCGGCAUCGUUUUGGCGGAUCUCACCGAGAUUCGUUGACAUAUUUUAUUCUUUUCCUGUGAUCAAUUUUCAACUUUUUAUAGUAGAGCAAACAUUAAUGUCUUGUUAA